GCGGACCGGUGGGCCGGGACAGUCCGGUGAGCCCGCUCGGACAGAUAGAGACGGGCGGCGACGUGUGCCGGUCGACAGAGGCAGCUCAGAGCCAAGGUCGACGCCCGGGAGGACAGGACCAGUGAGGGCGGACGCAGCGGGCACGAAGACGCUGAGAGCACCAGCCGUUGGAGACAGACGAGCUUCAGUGACGGCAGGUGAGAGGUUUUCGAAGGUGAGGUCAGCCGGUGCCCCCAAAAGGACCGAGGACGCACCUAGUGCUGAUGUACAGAAAGUGACCUUGUGCAAGAAAGAGACGCCUAUAGCAAAGCCACGCAACUUUGAAAAGAACUCGAAGACAGGACGAACUUGCCAAGAUGUGAAGGAGAAUAAAGCACACGGGAAGAAAUUAGAGGUGAGUUCAGUCGGUGUUUCAAGGUCGAAUGGCACGAAGCUCCCGCGGAAAGAACCGCGUGAGUCAGCAGCGCAGGUGAUACCAGCACCGAAAACUGUAGGAAACAGGGUAGCUUUCAGGGGUGAAAAGUCAACCACGGCAGCCAACGGGUCGCUAAAGACAGUCAAUAGUUCGCAGCUAAUAGAGAGCCAGUCUGGAGGAGGGUGUCCAGGAUCUCUGGGCGUCACCAUGAAGGCGGACGCAGGCGGGCCACUGGUGGUCCCUCAGCCACUGCAGGACAGCCUGCCGGCCAGAAAGUCCAGCCUGCCGACCGCCGACACGGUGAGCAACGUGAAACGACUGUUCGAGCCGCCCUCGGGCGGGGGCGGGGGCGGGGGCGGGCCGCCGGAGCCGGAGAAAGGCAGCGCGUCCGGCGGCGGCCGGCCGGCCGGCGCAGACGCCGCGUUCCCGCCCGCCGCGGAUGACGUGCCGGUGCCGGCGGACCGCCCGAUGACUGUGUCAGAGAGCAGCGGCGAGCUGCGGCUGCCGCCGGCGCAGCCCGUGCCCAACGGCCGGCCGGCGCCGGCGCCGCUCCGCGCCAGGAGCACGGUGGGACUGCUGCUGAGCGGCGGCCGGCCCGUGGUGACCGGGCCGGUGCUGCCCGACGGCCCGGUGACCAAGGCCUCCCUGGCGGCCGCCGUGAAGCGCAGCAGCCCUCCGCUGACCGGGGGUGACCCGGCCCGGUUCAGCUCGGCCCAGGCGGUAAACGCCCGCCUCAUAUCCGCCGCCGCGGAGACCUCCGGCGAGGCGACCGGUAACGGAGCCGGCCGGCCGCCGGCGCCGGUCAACACCACACUCGCCUGGCACCAGCGCGUCAACAACAGCAUCCUGUACAACUUCACCGACCGCAGCGAGGUGCCAGACUACAUCGAGGAUGACGGCAUGGACAUCCACCGCCCGGCCAAACCCAAGCCUAACGACACGGCGUACGUGCUUCUGGCGGGCUUCGAGCACGGCCAGACCAGCGACGAUGACGUGCUGCCGGCGCCGGCCGCGCCGCUGCCGCCCCCGGAGCCGCCCGCCUGUCCGGUGGAGUUCACCAACGCCGGCGUCAUCAUCAACGGCCAGUCCAGCCUGCGCCGCCAGCCGCGGGGGAGCACGCGUGCCGUCUGGUUCAGCCAGCUCAGUCCGCGGGUGUUUCGGUACCCCUCUGAGUCGACACUACUGGAGGCACAACCUCCGGAGCCGGAGGCGCCCCGGUCUGAGACGGAGGCCACCACCGGCUCUGACGAGGACUGGGACGGGACGGAGGAGAGCGACCGGCCGGCACCCUCCCAGAGACUUCUCGGCUCCUCGCUGCCGGCCAACCCCGCACCGAAACCCUCCACGCUGUCCACCUACACGUCCAGCCGCCUGGCCACGGAGGAGGCCGCCGCCUUCCAGCUGGGUGUCACGCGCGCAUCGCGGCCGCCGGCGCCCUCAGUCCCGGCGCCGGCGCCGCCCUCCGCCCCCGCCCCCGCCCAGCCUGACGAGGAGGAGGACGCUGCCUGGAGCGCAGACACCACCGCCGACAUGCUCUUCUGAAGAGGCCUUCCGAACAUGUGCUGAGAAAGUGAGGAGGUGCGCAGUGGCACACGCUCAAUGGCUCUGAGUUGAAGUCGAAGGCCGCGAAAUUGCACGUCGCGUUACCGUUCGCAGUGCUUUGAGCUUGUGUUACUCAUUGACGGGUUGAACUCUCCUGGUGAGUGGCGGCGAGAGGAAUGCAGAAUGCCCCCUAAACUAUGCAAAAUGGACAUGUUCAUGUAUAAAAGGACACGUAGAGUCAUGCAGAAAGAGCAUCACCGUCAGGGUCGUGUGCUUAAUUGCCAGACAGUAUUCGUCGUAUGACGUUUAUAAUGCGUGUCAGACGAUGGAUGCCGAAGUGAUACGUGUGUAGGUACUGAGAUUUUGUGUUCGUAGCGUAGCUUUGUUAUACGUAUGCUUGUAUAUUUGUGGUAAGUAUGGCUGAUCGUGAAACUGGCGAACUUAUUUGAGCACUUAUUCCACGGAUAAGAACGCUUCAAUGACUAUGCAAACAUACAUGGGUAGAUUCGCUUAGUCAUACAGUUCCUUUUGUGUUCCGAGCAGCGGCAUCCUCACAUCCCACGCGGAGACGCAAAUUUGUUGUAUAAUCUCGCUACACGUGCCGGGCUGGUCCAGUGACGUCACCAAUCGGUGACCAAUGCCGAGCGAGACAGAUAGCUGCCGCACGUCACGGCAGCGGCUGAGGCGAUAGCGGGCGUGCCAUGGUGACGGAGCACAUACGCGGGACUGAUUCUGAGAUCAUACAGAAAUCGGACGCAGCGAACAAGACGAUGAGGAGAAAGUACUCAUGAGCGUGGACAUGUGAUAUUACCAAAUUCGUUUUGCGUUGUAUUGUGAUAAAAUGCAUUAAAUAUAUUCCCAAUGACGAUA